AUGUGCGGGAUUUUUGGCGUGAUUCAAGCCGCCGGAGCCGCUUCCACAAGUACCUUGGCAAUCAGCGCUAUAAAUGGAUUAACAGCCCUUCAGCACAGGUAAAUAUUCUAAUCAUACCUUUAUUAUCACAAUCUCCUCGAAAUUCGCUUCAAAUCUCGUUAAUUCCAUUGAAAAACAUCAUCUCUGACCAGAGUUAUGGCGCAACGGAACAGCGGAGGUCAAUGAUCCGCUCUUAGCUGAGUGGCUAAGUGCUCAAACUGAGGUGAGGAGGGUCGCGAGAUCGACUCCUCCCAGCGUCUAUCAUCCUAUUUUCCUUGUCCCUGCGCAUGGAAAAUUUCAGCGAAUGACGCGAAAUUAAUGUAGCCGUUGAGCUGACGUUUACGGAGUUGAUCUUCUUGGAUACAGCUUGGCUUCUUACAUUUUGAUCUUAUUGAGAUAAAUUUUAUCGGAAAAUUGAAAACCUCCAUUCAAGUGUAUUAAUUAAUUUUUUUUAAGGAAUUUGAAGGCGAAUAAAAAAAAUGACAGUGAAAAUGUUUUUCUUCUCAAAAAAUUCAUUAAAAUUUGGUCCAUGCUUCUUUAAAAAAAAGAUUUUAAGAGGGUUAUAGUAGUUAACACCGCAUAAUGUAUAAGAAAGCCCUGAAAUACAUUUGAAACGAAAAUUUUACUGCAACAGAACUUCUAAACAACAAAAUUCGAGCAAGUAAGCCCUCUGACUCACCUCCCAGUCAGCUGCAUUGCGUGGCGCAGUCGGUUAGACGACAGCGGCACGGCCGGCGGGACGUCGGUUCGAUUCCUCCUCGCGGCGCCAAAACCCUGUUGGCAGUGCGUUCUGCGCAGCACAACUUCAUACGGCGCGAAAUAGUUCCGCUGAAUCAUUUGACCGCGUUGUGACACUUAUUCGCCCGCGGUUUCAAAGUCAGCUUGCAUUUUUUUUUUGAUUUUUGAAGUGGAAAGUUCAGGAAAAUCUCGUAAAUGGAAGGUUUGAUUCUGAACUGUUCUUUUGAAGUCAAGAUUACUUAUAAAACGGGGUUAACACGACCGCGAGUCCUCUUCCCUCCAUCACCACAAGUUCCGACACAUAUGUUCACAAACUCUCCCUACAUCUAUUUCGUGAAAUUUGGUACUUGUGUGUGAGAAAUAAAACAUUUUGAUGAUGAUGAUGAAAAAUUUUCAUAGUUUUUGGAACUGUCAAAAAAAAAAAUCUUCAUAUGAACUAUGAUGACUCUCAAAAAUUCCAAGGACCUCAAAACCUGAAAAAAAGAAAUCAAAGCGUCUUAAGAGCCUCUGAAUAAAAUUAUAAACGCCUAAGCCCUCUAGGGACCACUGAGAUUCCACUUUUCGGAAAUAAUGUGAUAGACACCGCUCCUCAUGAAAACUAUCAACUUCCGAACCCUACAGUGACUCCUUGAAAUUUCCUGUGUAAAAAUUUCACACAGAGAGCCUCAUAUGCACGUUUUUUCAUUUUCUGAACCCUCAAGUGACCUCUCAAACCUUCCAGAGGAACCGAGUCGACAGGCCUCGUAGGUUCAGACGGCGUCGACCGGAACCACGUCGAGAUUUUGAAAGGUCACGGUCUCGUCCGUGACGUCUUCAACGACGGCAACGUUGCCAAGUUUCAAAGUAGCCUUCUUUUUUCAUUCUGGACAGUCUUUUUGAUCCUUUUCUUCAGAUAGUAAAGUUCUAAUCGGUCAUAAUCGAUACUCGACGGCUGGGAAAAAGGCGGCCAUCAACUGCGUCCAGCCAUUUGUCGUGUAUACCGCCGUCGGGAUUGUGGCAAUCGCUCAUAAUGGAGAAUUGGUGGAUGCGAAGAAGAAGCGCGAAGAGGUAAGAGAUCCGCGAAGGUCUGAAGAGACGCCAGAGAAAGAGAGCGUCCUUGUUUCUCUAAUAUCUCUUCGGGCAAUGAUAAUCUCUCGGUUUUCCCGUAAUGUAGAACGAAAAAAAGGUAGGAGGUUUAUAAAAGCUUCUGGGUUCCCUGGGUUCUCUUGCGGCAUCGCUUAUCUCUCAUUUUGUUCAUAGUCAAACAAAAAGCAUAGAAAAAAUAGACUGACGUUAAAGAUCAGCAAUGGUAUGAAGGGACGCCAGAGAAAAAGAGCUCCCUGCUUCUCUGGCGUCUCUUCAAGCCAAGCUGAUCUCUCGUCUCUAAUAUUUAUAUCCACUGCGGUACUGCAAUCCGGGAAAAAGAGGGAUUAAAAGAAGCAAAAGCGAUAGAUCAAAGAUCUGAAGAGACGUCAGACAACAAGAGCUCCACUGCUUCUCUGGCGUCUCUUCAAGCCUAGUUGAUCUUUCGCUUCUAGUUCUUAUAUCCACUCCGGUACUGCAAUCCGGGAAAAAGAGGGAUUAAAAGAAGCAAAAGCGAUAGAUCAAAGAUCUGAAGAGACGUCAGACAACAAGAGCUCCACUACUUCUCUGGCGUCUCUUCAAGCCUAGUUGAUCUCUCGCUUCUAGUUCUUAUAUCCACUUCGGUACUGCAAUCCGGGAAAAAAAAAACUUGAGAAGCACAAACGAUAGACCAAAGGUCUGAAGAGACGCCAGACAAUAAAGGCUUUCCUGCUUCUCUAGUGUCUCUUCAAGCCAAGUUGAUCUCUCGCUUUCUUUACUACACUGAAAAAAGCGCUGGAUUUCUGAAAAGAAGCAUAAGCUCCUUUUUUUUUUCAAAGAUCCAACUUUUCAAGAUUCAAGCUGCACUUUGAACCAAUUUCUAUUCCCCAGGCACUGCACCACGGUGUCGGCCUAUCAACAGACGUCGACUCGGAGUUGAUCGCCCAGAUGAUUGCCAAAGCGAUCGCCUUGAAUCACAAGUGUCGUCGGGACGACGAGUUGGGCGAUAUCUCGAAGGUUCUUGGGUCAAAAAAUAUAUAUUCUUAGGAAGAUUUGUCCCAGGAGCUGGCCGUGACCAUGUCGGCGAUCAACAUGUCCUACUCCUUGAUCGUCCUGACUUUCGACCGGAUUUAUGCGAUCCGAGAUCCUUUCGGCAAUCGGCCACUUUGCGUGGGGACUGUGUACGAUUCAACAGGUAGGAGGAAUAUUUCUGGAAAAGUUACAAAUUUCGUAGAUUUUGGGCUGCUUGCUUCGAAUUUUUUCCUGAUUUUAUGUCGUUUUUCUCUGAAGUUUUGUACCUCCCUAUGAAGUCCUAGAUUAAGGUCCCUCAAAGUGGCUACUUAAGGAAUUUGGGCUCUUUCGCGGAAAGAGAAAGACAGUAUAAAAAACUUCUGACAAGUUGUCUUUCCUGGGAAAAUUUUCAGUGGCCAAUUUAGGAUUUUGGCGUCCCGUUAUAGUAUUCGAAUUAGGGGUCACUUAAAAGGUCGUUUAGAAGUCUAAGUGAGCACUGAAAACACUAUAGUGGCCACUAAGACGCAAAAUAGUGGUUUCUAUAGAGAUUAUUUUAUUGGCCACUUUAGGAUUCUCUCCAAGUAGUCCUCGAGGAACCUCUUAAGUGGCCACUAAGUCGCGAAAUAGUGGCUUCCAUGGAGAUAUUUUUAGUGGUCACUUUAGGGACCUCUCCAAGUAGCCAUUGAGGUACCUCCUAAGUGGCCGCCAAGACGUGACAUAGCGGCUUCUAUGGAGAUGGUUUUAGUGGUCACUUUAGGGUCCUCUCUAAGUGGUCCUUGAUGUACCUCUUAAGUGACCACUUGGACGCAGAAUAGCGGCUUUCAUGAGGAUGGUUUUAAUGGAAACUUUGGGGUCCUCUCCAAGUAGCCCUUGAGUGGCCACUAAGACACAAAGUAGUGGUGGCUUCCAUGGAGAUGGCUUCAGUGGCCACUCCAAGUUGUUUUUGUGAAACCUCUCAAGUGGCCACUAUGACGCAAAAUAGUGACUUCAAUGCAGAUGAUUUAAGCGGCCACUUUAGGGACCUCUCUGAGUAGUCCUUGAGGAACCACUUGAGUGGACACUGAGACGCAAAAUAGUGGUUUCUAUAACGAUGAUCCUAGUGGCCACUUAAGGGUCCUCUCUAAUAGCCUCUCGAGUGGCCGCUGGAUUUUUCCCCAGCUCAUCAACCAAUUUGAGGAGUCGCUACUUCAUACUGCGCUUCGAGCGAAUCCUGCGCCCUGCCUUCUAAUGCCAAACUGGACUUUGAAGUAAGGCCUGGGGAGAUAGUUGAGUUAUCCCGUGAUGGGAUCCGAUCAGUUUGUCAGGUUGGACAGAAUGAUCCAUCAUUUUCAUAGUCCAUUCUUAGAUGAAGCCGCAAUCUCCGCUGGCGAUGUGCAUCUUCGAGUACGUCUACUUCGCGCGCAACGAUUCGGUCAUCGAAGGCCAACAGGUGCAGACAGUCAGGUAGUUGGGCGACCACGUCGAGCCAUUCCAAAUGCCGCAGGGAGGAGUGCGGUCGGACGAUGGCCGAGGAAGACGUCAUCGAGGCGGAUCUCGUGGCCAACGUGCCAGAUUCCUCAAUGUCGGCCGCCAUUGGCUACGCCAGUCAGGUAGAUCCCAAGUCCAAUCAAUCAAUAAAUCGAUAAAUCGAUAAAGUCGGGAAUCCCCUACGAGCCGUGCUUGCAUCGGAACAGCUACGUCGGCAGGUCGUUCAUCCAGCCGAAUGACGAGAUGCGACAAUCGUCCAUCAAUCAGAAAUUCGGUGGGUUAGCCUCGGCUAUCCUGAGCAACACUGAGCAAGCUUCAGGCGUUCUCCAGAAAAAGGUGGAAGGGAAACGAAUCAUCUUGGUUGAUGAUUCCAUUGUAAGGGGAAACACGAUGCGAAUCAUCGUUAGGAUGCUCAAAGAAGCUGGCGCGGCCCAGGUUUUCCGUGUACCUUUCUUGGUUUUUCACAAACCCCUUAAGGUGCACCUUCGGAUCGCGUCCCCUCCUGUCCGAUUUCCCUGCUUCAUGGGCAUCAAUAUUCCAACCCGAGGCGAACUACUGGCCGCCAAUAAAUCCAUCGAGGAGAUCCGAGAAUUUGUCGGCGCAGAUUCGGUUAAAUACCUGUCCGUCGACGGCUUGCAAAAGGUACAACUUGAUCCAUAUUCUUAGAGAUUUCUUCUGGGUAAUUACUCAAAAAUCGGUUGGAAUAGUCACAAAAUUCAUUUUUGUACAAUUUUCUUUGACUUUUUUACGUAUAGUUUCUUGGUUAAUUUUUUAAUAUUUUACGUUAGAAAAAUAAUCUAUGGACAUUUAAUUGAAAUGAUCUAUAUAUUUUUAGGGUCCUCAAAAGAAAAAAAGCCUGAAGAAUCACAAAAUCUUCCUUUUUUUGAAAGCGCUCCAUCUAUUACGGAAAAUCUCAAAGAUUUUUCAGCCACUCCAAAAAAAUUGAUCAAAAGUCGUUUUCCGUGGAAAAUAAAUCUUCACUUAAAAAAAAACUUGCGAAUACUUAUAGGCGCAUAGUCAAAUUUCACAAAAAUCUUUCGAAGCGGAAAGCCUUUUUCAGUUUUAUUUAAGGCCGUAAAGGAUUUUUACGCUUUUACAUAUCUCAGAAUUUUCGAGCGAACCUAGUUUAUAAAAACACAAUAUGAAUGGCUAAACUAUUGAAUGCGCAUAGCCAAAUUUCACAAAAAUUUUUCGAAGAGAAGAGCCUUUUUCAGUGUUCUUUCAGGCCAUGAGAAAUUUUCACGCUUUUAAAAACUUCAAAAAGAAUUUUUGAGCAGUAGAAAUGCAUAAAAAACCCAGUGAAUACACCAAAUUUGAAUAUUUCACAUUUUCAGGCGGUUCAAAAAGGCAUCGAACGUAACACGACGUUCGACGUCGGCCACUGCACCGCCUGCCUCACCGGCGACUACCCGACUCAGUUGGAAUUUUGA